AUGGAGAAAGUUAUGGUUUUGGGGCAUAUUCUGAGGAGCCUGCUUGUGACGGAUUUCAUGAUGCUCGGGCCAUUGUACGGCUUGCGCAAUGUUCUGUCUGUUCGUUCCCUCUUCAGCAACCCCGGACACUUCCCUGUGGGAACUCGAUAUGUCUUCAGUGUCUUCCUCGGUUCUACUUGCGACAAAACAUAUCUUAUCCACCAUUACCAGGACGACAGCAAGGAUUUGAGUGUGACGGAUAUCUUUGAGAAGGAUCUAGGUUGUCAUCGUUCGGAGGCGUUUCCUGUGGAGGUUAAGGAAAUUUUGGAUUUUGAAAUAUCGGACGUCGAAUCAGAUGGAGGUGAAAAUGUGGAACGGAAAUGGGUAGUGAGCGGUGGGCGUUUGAUGGCUAUUUACACGCUUGUGAGGAAAGCCGAACUUCCAUACGACACAGAUGUCACCUGCACGUCACUUCUCCCGGAUGGUUGCGACUCUGCUGCCUUUGACCGGGAGCUUGUGCAAACUUUAAGGACAAAAAUCAUGUCGGAAAUGGAAUGCCAAGUUUGCUAUGGACUUCUUCUAGAUCCAAUCACUACAUAUUGUGGACAUACAUUUUGCCGGAAAUGUCUGGAGCGCGUACUUGACCACUCGCAACAUUGCCCUGCCUGUCGACGACAGCUACAUCUUCCAAAUAUUCUUCCGGCACAAUCAAGUAACAAGCGUCUAACAGAUAUAUUGGUUGGUCUAUGUUCAGAGGCUUUGGCACAUAGAGCAACAGCUGUAAUGGAGGAACUCUCUGCUUCUGAAGACGACGACUUGAAUACACCAAUCUUCGUAUGCACAGCUUCUUACCCUGGCAUGCCGACACCUCUACACGUUUUUGAACCCCGCUACCGAUUGAUGAUACGACGAGUAUGCGAGAACGGUACUAGGAGAUUUGGCAUGCUACUACCAAAUCGAUCUGGACAACCGCAAGGGGAACUUGGCGUUGUACCAUUCAUGCAAUAUGGAACAAUGCUCCAAAUUGAAGGCGCUAAUAUGUACCCGGAUGGUCGCAGCGACAUCUGGACUGUAGGAAUCUCUAGGUUUAGGGUCAAAAGAUGGGGGAUUCGUGAUGAUUAUAUGGUCUCGGAUGUAGAGCGGGUGGACGAUAUUCCGCACAUUGACGAGGAGGCUCUGGAAGUGUCUGAUACUUCAUUGCGCAUAAAUUUAUCCCCAGAUCUCUCUCCUCCGUGGACACGACUUCCAACCCAAUCUCUUCUACAGAUUGGGCACAAUUUUGUCGAUCAAAUGCAAGCAAUCUCCGCCCCAUGGCUUCACGAGAAUAAUAUUCUUGCCUUCGGGAACCGACCCGACGAUGCAGCAAUGUUCCCGUAUUGGCUUGCGAGUGUUCUGCCAGUUGCGGAGGAUGAGAAAUACCGUCUUUUGGUGUGUACUAGCGUGAGGGAGCGGCUUAAGAUAGUGGUUGGAUGGAUAAAAAAAAUUGAGAGCCAUCGAUGGUUCUCUCCAUCUACCUGUGCGAUUGUUUAA